GGGUUACGUUGCGGUUGCGGUUGCGGUUGCGGAUUGCACGGUAGCGGCGGGCGGUAACGUUCAGUAUAUACCGUAUAUACUUUCCAGCCCGUGUCGUAUACUUUGUAUUUAACGAUUGAUGAUCGCUGCUUUUCAAUGUCGUUCUCAUGAAUUCGAGCCCUAUUAACGUUGUUUCGAUCAAGUUAAUCGCGAGUGUAUGUCACGGCUUUGUUGUCAAGCUGAAAAUCACUGAAAAUCGUACGGAAUUUAGGAAGUGCCGGCUGUGUUACCUCGCCAUCGAAUCGAGGAUGUACGAAUCGGGAUACGUGCAGCAGAUAUAUGUAGUACAUGUGUGUACCAAAUGUUUUCCUUAAUUCCACAAUGUUCAAGGACACGUACACUUGGAAAUCGACGAUGAUAAACAGUGUGGUGUCGAGCCUCGAUUGUCAAUGAGGGAAAUUAAUAAUGAUCGACGCGAGAAGAAAGCGAGAGGACUAAGUACAGUUCGAUGCGAUAGAUAGCUCGUGCACGGGACAAUUAUCAUUUAUUUCGCUUGAACGGGAAAGUGAAACGAAAAACGUCGUAGAAACGAUGAACAGGCAGUGAUGUAGUGAAGAUACCUGAACGUUUUGUGCCAUAACUUGGAUGUCAAUCUCUUAAAUAACCGUGAAAGCCGGAAAAACUUGUUUGAACAAUGAGCAAAACAAACGGAGACGUCGAGAGAUUGUGUGUCCGUACGUCGCGUCAGAUUAGAUAGAGGAAAGCUAUCUGAAAUUGUCCGUGUCGGCUCGAAUUCGUUCCCUGGAGGACAAAUUUUUUUCACGGAAUCGUUCCUACACGGUGAAAGGGGCGUACAUGUAAUCACCACGCGUAUCGUCGUGGUUGCACGCGUGACGACAGACGAUGGUAAUACGCGGCGCAAUGGACAGUGCCUCAGUCGGCUCGUUUUCGUCUAAUUAGAAAUACGUAUCCGGUUCCUUCUCGUCCCGCUUCCAUCGCAAGAAAUGAGCACGCACAAGAGAAAGUCGACGUCGUGCGAGGACGGUCCGGACGUCUCUGACGAUGAGAAACGAACGGCGAGGAAUAAAGAGGAUAGAUCGUCGACGAAAAGGCCACGAUGUAAGCUGGACGCGAACGGCCGGCUGAAUCUGAAGGAUAUUUUGCUGUCGUUCAACGGACCGGUCAGUCAGGAACAGGCAUGGGCUGUGUGUUAUCAAACGGCAAAGGGUUUGUCACGUUUGCCCAAUAACGAAUUUUAUGAGCUGUCGGACUUGUCGGAGAUCGUCCUUCACAAGGACGGCGAUGUUUGGCUCGGCGAUCUAAUCGAAUCGCGGAAACCCCGUGUGUCCGAGAAGAAGGCUAUAUUCUCGUUAGGCGUGAUGGUGUUCAACGCGCUCGAUUUCGGCCUAGACGAACAAGAGGAGAGGCCUUUGUCGCCGGAUCUGGAAGGCCUCAUCAAAUUAAUGACCAGCGAUCAAGACGUCGACGGAGAGACAGACGAACGUCCGCAGGAAACGGACGACGAAGGCAUCGAGCGGGACUCCAGCGAUGCCGACGUAGACGAAUUUUCGUCACAGAGAAGUAACGAUUACGAUGAGAGGCCGACUGGGUAUUCUUUGAAAAAUGUGAUGCAGGCAAGUUCGACUCGUACGUCUUCGUUCUCGCCGUUCGUCAAUAAUUUAUCUACGCAUUUACAGUUAUGUACCAGGCACGUGCAGACUUCGGUCGAGUCUGCGGAGGCUCAUUACAAGGCUGUGAUGCGAGCAUUCGUGACAGAGGCUCUGGAAUUGUCCCAGUUCCUGGACACUGUCGCGGCCGACAAAUUACGAGCUAGUCAAAGGGACACCGUCGACGGCAACAAACAGACCUCGAUGUCCGUCCAGAACCUCGACACGUUGGAUUUCAUUGAUUGGACCGACAUUAGGAUUUGGAGGGCUAUACAAGCAAGGUUUUGGGUACAAGUUAUCCAAGAGCUAAGGAAGGGCGUGAAACUGAAGAAAGUAGAAGCCAAUUUGGGGACGAAGAGCACGAGCCGUGGGCGCGGGAAGGGGGCAGAGUUCGAGUUGACGCCGUAUGAAAUUUUGAUGAACGAUAUUCGAGAGAGGAGGUGGAACUUGAGGAAGACGCCCUCGCCGAAGCCGCAUUUAAGGAAAGACGCGCACGCCGUUAUCCUCGAAUUUAUUCGGAGCAGGCCUCCUCUAAAGAAGGCUUCUGAGAGGCAGUUACCGCCGCUACAAAAGGAAUGGACGCUCCGGGAAUUGCUCAUGGAGAGCAUAAAGAAACCGCCUAAUCUGCGGUCCUCGCGGAACAGAUACGUACCCAAAAUCGAGAGGACGUCGCCUCAAAGUGAGCAUGUCCAGAGUAGCGGCGACGCCAAGGACAAUGACGCGUCUACGGUACCUAAACCUCCUCGGAGGGAUCCGGACGGCUCGAAUCCUACGACCGGCAAGAGGAAAGUCAUUCCCGUUGACUUUGAUCUAAAGCUCGACGCGGAAGACGAAGACGACGACGACGAGUUUGCCGUGACGAGAUUCGAGGAAGACGACGAGGCUUCGAAUUAUUGGCAUCUGAAAGAAGAUUACUCGUUCGUGGAUCGAGGUAGCUCUCGCGGGCGUAAAGAUCACAGGGACGACGAUGAAGCGGACUCGGCGAAUCCCUGGCGAAGAACCGGCGGACUACGGUUGACGAGGAACGAGUAUCACCGAUUUUGCGACGCGCAGCUCGAAUCGUACGAUCUCGCGACGCAGUGUCCGUCGAGAAGAGCAUCGGCCCGGAAACACGCGGCGCGACGUAGCAUAGCGCUCACCGCGUUAACGGGAACCACUUCGCUUCCCCACUCGAGGCCCCAGAGCCGUCAGCAUGCCGUCGCAACGGAGUCGAUGCUGAGUCAAGGCCCGAGUCCCAAUAUCAGCGUGAAUCCUAGCCCGAGUCUCAGUCCGCAGCCAAGAGCGAGGCUGGCGAAACGGUCGCAAACCAUCGCCGAGGGUACGAAGCCCGAGGUCGAGGAUCAAAACGAAGACUGGCAGGAUGACAAAGGACAGAAACCUACGUUGGGCGACAUGUUCCUGGACGAGAGGCUUUCCCUGACUCUCGAGGAGAUCGUGCAUAUUCGUAGCGUUUUGACCAAAGCCGAGCUGGAAUCUCUACCCGUGGAGGGACGCGUUAAGGAGGACGUAGAGAAGAGACGCGUCUGUUUCCUUUGCCUGAAGACCAGGUUCGGGAUCUUGGGGCCGUGGGGGCAACGAUGCCGUUUAUGCGAAAGGACCGUGUGCGUCAAGUGUUACUCCAAAAUGCGCAUCCCAACGGAACAUUUCGCCCAUGUUCCGGUGGUGUUACUCUCGCCCGGUCUUCUUCUCUCACCGUCGUCCUCGGAACCGGACACCAGCAAGAGUUCGUGGCUGAGAGGCAGCAACGGGGCAGCUGGAUCUGCCCCGGCGUCUCCCGCCUCCAGGCGCAAGGACUCAUCGUUGAAAAGCGUGACGCCUUCAUCGACGCCUACUACGACACCUGUUUUGAUACUCACACCGACUUCCACCCCACCUUCUCAUGCUCGCCGCGACGUAGACCAAGAGAGAAGGAGUUACCGAGGCAGUCCGGGGCACGUGCCAUCGCCAAAGGCGUUCUCCGGUUUCGCUCACAGUGCCGAGCAACGAUUAGCCGCGGAACGGUUGCGUGGCGUCUCGAUGGUGGUCUGUCACGAUUGCCGCAUCAUGGUGAUACAGAUAAUCAAGAGUUCGAGAACGACACGGGCCACGAUACGCAACAACGUGAUCUCGCGGCUCACCUUGAACUUGUCACCUGCCUACGUUUAAAUUCUCUUUGGGCGACGUUCCACGCGCAGAUGAUCGCCGUUGAAAGCGGCGCGAUCUUGUUUAACAUAUAAAUGGGUAACGACGACACGCUAACUAUGCCGAUGAGCGAGGCACGUAGAUUAGAUCUCUUCUCCUCGUACCAGUGUCUUCUUGUGCCCCUUGUGCUGUUAAUCUCCUACGUCUAGCUGUCGAUAUCUUUGUAACAACGAGCCGAUCAGUUGCUACCAAUUGAUUGUUACACUCACGAUGGGUCGAAUACCUUGUUGGUUCUAAAAUUCUAUAUUUAAACAGAGAGAGAGUUGAGCAGAGGAUUAUAUGUAUAAUUAUUUUCGUUUAACUUUUGAACAGAGGUCUUUCCGCGUGCGACUUGGUUUACUUUUUUCUAUACAGCUUACUCAAGGAGAGGACCGAGACGUCCUCUACUCGAGUCUAUCAUUUGUCAUUGUCUACGUCGAGUAAUUUUAAUUGCGAAGAACAAUUUGUCCAAGUUAAGUGUAAAGUGGAAAGUGCGAGAGGAAAGUUCGAUCCGAAAAAUACGUUCGAGACGGACGGAAUUCAAAGGAAAGCGUGUCUAGCACGGGAUCGGCACACAGUGGCGUCUAAUAUAUAAGUCUACGUACCUACAUUCAGGCUUACACCUAAGUAGAUCGUUGAUGCAUGCAAAUUUGAAGAAGAAAACAGCCCGAAACCAUACGAUUAGAUCAUUUGAUUGCGAUGGCUGACUUUCGGUUGUCGACGACAGUACUCUUUUCGCUUCCUGUUUCGAAUAAUUACUAUUCGUCAUAAUAAUCGUACUAAUUAUAACCGAGAAAAUUGAUGAGCUGUCGGGCGAUCACGUUACCAAUACCGCGCGCGCGCUGUGUGCAUUCUCGGUUAAUAGAAACCGAGAAUCCUUUCAACCCGUACGAUUACCUCGAGAUUCACACGAGAAUGUGUACGCAAUAUAUGUUCCCUUUGCUUCCACAAUGUUGUGAACAGUAAAUCUAAAGAGUAAUAUCGCGUUUAACGUUGAAUUUAGUUGAGGAGACAAGAGAGUUAUCGUAAGCGCGAAUCAGCAUAGGAAAAAGUAAAAACCAUUUGAGAAACCAUAAAUGUAAUCUACGUAAAUAUAUGUGCCAGGGCAUCUCUUAAAUUCGAAUUAAUUCAUCGAAUUGUAGUCAUUUUCAUCGUGCUACACGCGCUGUACACGGGUCGUCGGUCAUACGAAUUUCUAAUUUCUCUCGAGAUUGUUCAAGUCACAGGCGAACCGUGACGAGCUCUUGCGUGAAUGAACUUUACAUUUCGUACUACAUGUAAUUCAUGCGAGAUUCUUUACGUGUUUACUUUAUUCGAACUGUUCUUUUCUUAUCGUUGACAAAACCUAACUGAUGCGAGAGAGAGAGAGAGAGAGAGAGAGAGAGAGUGUGAGUUACGCAUACGUAAGCACGCAUACACACGUAUUGUAAAAGAUAUAGCGAGAGGAUCCGAAUCGAAGACCCCAAUGAAAGAAUAGAACGAUGUAAUGACUUCUGCGUCCGCGUCAGUUUGUUCAAAGCAGGAUAGAAUUAUAUUUAAUUGAUAGAUCAGGUCAAAGUCGGAUGCACAAUUGUACCAUAUAACUCUGUUACGAUCGAGUUUCGUUGAUUGAAAUCAUCUUUUUAUAAUGUUUGUGAUAUUAAUUUAUUUAAUUUUUCUAUGUGCGCUAUUUAUUAUAUUUAUUUAAUUCUACGUACUAACCGGCAGACGCAAUUUCUUUACAAUUGUACAUAUAUAAUUAUAAUUAUAAUUAUAAUUAUACAUAUACAUAUAUUCAAUUAUUAUUAUUAUUAUUAUAUAUAUAUAUAUAUCGUGUGCAAUUUGCACGAACGUGUAGUACAAUUUUCCUAAUUUCGUUGUGUGUUAUUAUCCGUUGAUACGUUUCUUAUUUAUACAGUUGUUAAUGCCAAAUACGUAUACGUGAAGCAUUUUGUUCAUUUUCGUUCGAGUUUCGUGUAAAUUAUUGAGCCGAGCGAGGAGUAGGUAGAGAGGACAGAUGGUGCGAAUAAUUUAGAGGGGGGUAAAGCGGGAGGCGAGCGGCGUUGAUAGUCAGAUUGGCGAUUAGUACAAUGAAAGAAGGCUGUUCGCUUGCACAGACGAAGGUGUGCCGUUGGAACGGGGAUUAAAAGUAUGCGUAUGUACAAACGUAAAUCGAGGACGAUGGUUCAGAGUACAAAAACAGAAAGAAUGCGAAUCGCGAAACUGUAACAAGUAGACCGCGGAUUUGAUCCGAUCAUAAAACAGUUCAAGAGUGGACAGAGACGACAAUUAAACUAAUAUCACAAAUAUGUUAUUCUGCAUAAAGAUCUGCGGUCUAAUAACUAGUUACAAAUGCUGGUCUAUCUACUAUUGUCUAGGACUGAAUUAAUACUAUACAUACCUACGUGUAUCGAGAUAAAUGAAAGGACGGUGAUUAUAAAUCUGUUGAUUAGCGUACAAGCGCAUUGUCGGAUUCUACGAAACGAGUGAAUCGUUUGUUUAUUUUUUUAGCCGUACAGUUCGAUUCCACAAACUCCCCCUCCGCCCCUCCUCCGAUGAUUUUCAAGCAAAAAUCAAAAUAGAUCUGUAGAUAUACGCGUUGUAGUUCCUCGGUGAAUCUUUUCUUUGGACGGGAAACUGUACGUGUGUAACGAGGAGCAAAGCACUGCGACAACUUUGUAAAGAACACGAACGUGAAAUUCUGUUUGUAGAAAGUUAUUUCAAUAAAAAGUAAGAUAACAGAAUCAAGUCUGAUCCAGA